UCGUGUCGUGUCCAUAUCCAACUUGCUGGCUUGCUCUUUCUGAAUUGCAAAAAAGAGCUCGCUUUUUUUAUGCGUAAAAUAAUUUCAAUUUAAAUUUCAAUUUCAAUUUCAAAUUGAUUUUGAUUUGAGUGCUGGGCGUAUAGGGCACAAAGUAGAAACAAUAAAAAGGUCCUUUUUCAACAAUAGUAGAAUUGGGAACCAGUUGAGUCGAUCGAGUGUGUGUGAGUCAAAACGCUCCUUUUAUUUUCUUUACUAAUUUCAAUGUUCUAGUAAACGGUAAUGCUGUUUUGUUUCUGAACAAUCUCAGAUCUGUGUGAUUAAGCACUGGAUUCAUGACUGUUCAAAGUUGAUAGUUACCUAUGGCGUCUGAAACGGCGUCGUCUGCGGAUGAAGAAACCGUUCUUGUUUCAGGAGCAGCUGCUGGAGGAGUUGGUACGGAUAAAAGAGGCAAGCAUCGUAUUCUUGCUGAAUUGAAGCGUCUUCAACAAGACACCAAAUUUCUUCGGGAAGAAUUGGAAGAGCUCGAGAAAACAGAAAAUGUUUCGGCUAUAUGCAUGGAAUUGCUACAAAACAUGGAUAGUAGACCCGAUCCACUACUCCCAGAAGUACAGGGACCUGUAAACUUAUUAUGGGAUAGAUGGUUUGAAGGGCCUCAGGAUCCACAAGCAUGUAGAUGUUGGAUACUUUGAUUUGAAGCUGUAUGUCAAUUGCAUUGCAUUGCAAAUAGGAUGUGAAUGUUACUGCACAAAAGUGGCUUUGGAACUGAAGAAAAAUGCUUGGUGGCAUUUAAUACUACACACACUAAUUCUUUAAUGGGUCCAUGUUGUGUUAUUACACUAGAAUAGAUUAUGCAUCAAAUACUAUUUAUCUGUAAUCACACAUUCAUUUACUGCAUUAAAUUAGAAGUAAUCUCUAUUUGUGCUGA